GCGGCGGGGCAGGGGCUGCGGCGCGGGCGGCGACCAUGGCGUACAACGGCCUGACGGUGCCCCUGAUCGUGAUGAGUGUGUUCUGGAGCAUCGUCGGCCUCCUGCUGCCCUGGUUCAUCCCGAAGGGUCCCAACCGGGGAGUUAUCAUCACCAUGUUGGUGACCUGUUCAGUGUGCUGCUAUCUCUUUUGGCUGAUUGCAAUUCUGGCCCAGCUCAACCCUCUCUUUGGACCACAGCUGAAAAAUGAAACCAUCUGGUAUCUCAAGUAUCACUGGCCUUGAGGAAGAAGACCCGCUGCCCAGUGCUCGGCCAUGGAGGCCAUGCCGAGGGAAUGCCUCUAGACGCAGUCACCUCCACACCCAGGCCACCUUCCUCGGCUCGCCUGUUCUGGCCACCAGCUGCCUUAAACAUUCACACCACAUCGAAUGUCUUCUUCUGCAGUGCAGUUUUUCCUGUUUGCUUUUUUACACUUGGAUGAAUGAUGUGCCUCCUUAGUCUCCCUGUGCUGACGCCGUCAAGUGUCGAGGUGCUCUUCUGGGAAACACGGCUCUCUCCUCGGGACCCGUGGACUUGGAGAUGGCCGCUGCCUGCUCGCGAUACGGGAACCAGUGACGUGUCUAAAAGCUGUCACGAGGCCGUAAGACUCCAGUGCGGCAGCAAACAGGAGAGCAUGUUCAAGGGGAGAUCUGUCCCAACAGAAUUACACCAAAGCCUAUUUUCAGAGUGAAUUUCUUCUGCCAUAUUUUGGAAUAAAUUAUUUUCCUGCUUUCUA